AUGUCGAUCCCCGUGCAGGAAUCCCAACAACACCAACAACACCAAGAGCCCAAUUACGUGGACUCCGACGCCAGGUCCUCUAUAUUUAACUUUGACGACGAUGAGGAUGAACGUGAUCGCGCCGAGCCUUCAUCUCCUUCCUCCUUUGAUAAAUCCUCCAUCGCUCAUCUGGUCUCCUCCUACGGUUCUUCUUCUUCCACCGCCUGGCUCGAGUUCUCUCGCUACAAAAUAUGGCAAGCGCCUGCCUCUUUCCUCGCCGAGAACCCCACUUCUACCUUCCUCCCCAUCCAAGGCUACAUGCAACACAAACACUACAUCUUUGCAUGGGGUAACCCUCUCGUCUCUGAUCCUUCUCUUCUCGGUCCCACCGCCAAGGCCUUUGUGUCCUGGGCAGUUGAUGAGCAAAAAGUGAAACCGGUGUGGUGUUGUACCGAUCUCGCUCUCGAGACCGUUUUGGCCAACAACGACAAAGAGCGUGGUCUCGGUUGGUCUACGGUCGAGUGUAUCCAUGAGGAAGUUCUCGAUCCGGAUCAUAUCCUGGACUUGACGAAUGCGAGGGGGAAGGAGGGUGUCGGUGCAGUCAAGGAUUUGAAAAAGAAUCUCCGAAGGGCAGAGAGAGCUGGUGUUUCCGUUGAGGAAACAACCGAAAACUGGUCGCAGCAUGACAGACAGGAAGUGGAAGAUGGCCUAUUUGAGUGGCGAAGGAGUAAGGGUCUGAAAGGUCUGCAGCUGGCAUCUACCACUGGACUUCCAUGGAUAGACGAACAACACCGUCGAUAUUUGGUCGCUCGCCACGAGGGCCACAUCGUCGGGAUUCUGAUCCUCACUCCAAUUCACGGGCCAUACCAGCCCCCUGCCUCCGAGGUAUCAUCCACACCUGCCCCGGCCCCAGCUCCAACCGCAUCGCCACUCAAACAGAAACGCAAAUUCUUCGCACUGGGGCACCACAAGUCCUCUCCGGAGACAUCUCCCGAACGAGGAUCUUCUCCAUCCGCCUCUUCGUCAGAUUCUGAAUCUCCUUUUCAAUCCCCCAUAUUCUCUUCCCAUAGUCUCUCCUCAUCUUCCUCCUCCCUCGACACUGACUUCUCUCUUCACAUGUCGUCGAAGUCCGCUCCCACCUCGCCCUACUACCUCAUCAAAAAUGCCAUCUCUUUCCCUUCCGCACCCCGAGGCACGUCUGAGCUCCUUAUCCAUAGCUCGCUUAAGCUCCUCCAAAAAGCAUCGCCUUCACGACCUCCCAAGGUCACUUUUGGUAUAACAGCAUCUGACACGCUUCACCCGAAAGCUAACCUAUCGGGAUGGAAAAUUGUGGGGUUGUCGAAGGUGUACUCGAAGGUUGCUGGAACGGCCGGGUUACUGAGACGAGGUGAUUUCAGAGCCAAGUUUGAUUCUGGAAGGGUGCCGAUGUAUGUUUGUUAUCCUACCACGGAAGGUGGAUUUGGGAUUGAGGGUGUCAAGGCGUUGUUGAAGGUGUUGAAAAAGUGAUUAUUUCCCCGCCCGAGUUAUGACCAUUCGUUGCG